AUGAAGUUUAUUGCCUUACUCGCAGCGAUUGCUGCUCAGGCUGCCGCCAUCAGCGUCUCUGGCGCGGCUGAGGGUUUCGCAAAGGGGGUCACCGGUGGUGGCUCCGCGAGCCCCGUCUAUCCCCAGUCCACCUCCGAGCUGGUCUCGUAUCUGGGUGACAGUCAGCCCCGUGUCAUUGUUCUCACCAAGACUUUCGACUUCCGUGGCACCGAGGGCACUGCCCAGAGCAGUGGAUGUUCUCCAUGGGGCACCAACCCCAAGUGCCAGAUUGCCAUUAACCAGAACAACUGGUGCAAGAACUAUGAGCCAAACGCCCCGACCGUGUCCUCCAUCACCUAUGAUAAGGCUGGUGUUCUCGGUAUUACUGUCGCUUCUCACAAGACUAUCAUCGGUCAAGGCUCCGCCGGUGUGAUCAAGGGCAAGGGUCUCCGUAUCGUCAGCGGCGCGAACAACAUUAUCAUCCAAAACGUCGCUAUCACUGACAUCAACCCUCAAUACGUCUGGGGUGGUGAUGCUAUCACAAUUGACAACAGCGACAUGGUCUGGAUUGACCAUGUCACUACCGCUCGCAUUGGUCGGCAGCAUAUUGUCCUUGGUACUUCGGCUUCCAAGCGUGUGACCAUCUCGAAUAGCUUUAUCGAUGGUCGCACUGACUGGUCCGCCACUUGCAAUGGCUACCACUACUGGGCCAUCUACCUUGACGGAAACAACGACUACGUCACCAUGAAGGGCAACUACAUCUACCACACUAGCGGCCGCUCCCCUAAGGUUCAGGGCAACACUCUCCUGCACGCUGUCAACAACUACUGGUAUGACAACGGCGGUCACGCCUUCGAGAUUGGUUCUGGCGGCUAUGUCCUUGCCGAGGGCAACGUCUUCCAGAAUGUCCCCAACAUCAACGACGUGACCAUGACCGGCAAGCUGUUCACUUCUCCCUCUACCAGCGCCAACCAGGCCUGCGGCAGCGCUCUUGGUCGUGCGUGCCAGCUGAACGGAUACGGAAGCUCUGGCCAGUUCAACUCCGCCGACACCAGCUUCUUCUCCAAGUUCAAUGGCCAGAACAUUGCCUCUGCCAGUCCCUACACCUCGGUCGUGGCUAGCGUCAACGCCAAGGCCGGUCAGGGUAAGCUUUAA